AUGAGCGUGGUCCGAGAUGUCGACCAAGCCGGCAAUGUGCUGUGUACCUACCACGGGGCCGGGAAUGUAGCGGCCGGUGGAAAGGAUCUUCGAGUUGAGAAGACAAAAGUUCCCCUAGGGAAGGCAAUCUUUUAUGCCUUCCUCCCGGCAGGCUACCCCCAAAGCGUGACUGAUGACUACCUCGCCUACCAGACGUACGACUCACUCCAGGCAUUUUCAUCCUCGAUUGCGUCACUACUCGCAAACCGUGCCGUACUCGAGGGUCUUGGCGUCGGCGAUGCCUCGCAAUCGCCCACUGCGGCUCUGGUGCUGAAGAUCAUACAGGACACCUUCUCACGGAUGGCCACCAUUCUUUUCGCCCACCGCAUGGGCCAAGCGAUUGAACCAGAAUGCAAGACAUACCGCUUUAUGGCUGACCUCUUUAACGACAGCGCUUUAAUGCUGGACCUGCUCACACCUGUUCUGCCGCUCUACCCCAAAGUCUGCAUCAUGGUGGCCUCGAGCAUCCUACGAUCACUGUGCGGCAUUGCAGCCAGCGCAAGCAAGGCCAGCCUGUCGGCGCAUUUCGCGCGGACGGGCAAUCUCGCAGAGUUGAAUGCCAAGGAGGCAUCCCAGGAGACGGUGAUCAGCCUGCUAGGCAUGCUUGCAGGGACGGCUGUCGUUCACGUCGUACAGGACAAGACAGCCGUGCUGUACUGGAUGGUCAUGCUGUUGAUGGUGCACCUUGUGAUGAACUACCGGGGCGUGCGUUGCGUGAAGAUGCUGACGCUGAACCGACAGCGUGCCACCAUUGUCUUCCGCGAGUACCUGGAGACGGGCAAGAUCCUCUCGCCGGGCGAGGUGGCCGAGCGGGAGAGCGUGCUUCUGGGCGGCCGGGGCAGCAUGUGGAGCAAGAGUGGAGUCUACCACGGCUUCUGCGAAUUUGGCAACUACGCCUCGGUGAUGACAUGGUGGCCAUGGGGCUACCAGCGGUACGGAUUCGAGAACGAAAACUACUUCAUGGCUAUCUGGCAUUGGGGCCCCAAGUUUUUCAUCCGCAUCGCCAUGAAGGACGGCACCGAUCCCAGCACGGCGCCGCUGCUCGCCUGGCUGGACGCUGUGACGCAUGCCUUCCACUUCGACUCGGCGCUGAAAGAUGGGCUCGGAAGCCAUUAUGAGAACGAGGGCCCGUUCGGUUACGUGUCGCCGGAGACAAAGUUGUCGAUACUGCGUGCAUUGACGGCCGUAGGAUGGGAUGUGAACGACGCGCAGCUCGAGACCGCCAGUCCGAUUCGAGUGCGCGCCGGAACUGGCGCAAACAAGUCGCCUGCGACAAUGGGGGAGAAGAAUUCGGGUGGCUUUCACUACCCAACCCAGGAGUUGUCGAAGACAGACUAA